AUGCCGCGAAACGUCUGCGUGACUGCCGCCGAUGGCCACACCGGUUUUGCCAUUGUUGAGUUACUUCUUGGCGAGCUCUUCUCUAGCAAGGUCGACUCGGUCGCCGCACUCGUUCUGGAUCCGAACUCUGAUCGUGCAAAGCAAGCCAAGGACUUAGGAGCAGUGAUCGUUCCCCACAAGCCCGGACGCGAGCGUGACAUUGUCAAGACACUAAAGGAGACAGGUUGUGACACUCUCUGCCUGAUCCCACCCGCUCACCACGACAAGAUAGAUAUAACCGCCGAGCUCAUCUCUGCGACCAAGAAAGCUAAUGUGCCGAAUAUCUUGCUCAUUAGCUCGGCAGGCUGUGAUUAUGCCGAUCCGCGCAAGCAGCCGCGCCUACGCGAGUUCAUCGGGCUUGAGACCAUGUUGUUGCAGUCUAAAGGUGACAGCAGAACUGAGACCGGCCAUUCGUCCUGUGUAAUACGUGCUGGAUUUUACGCCGAGAACCUCCUGCUCUAUGCCCCUCAGGCUAGAGAUGAGGGUAUUCUCCCCAUUCCAAUCGGCCAGAACCACAAAUUCGCUCCCGUGGCCCUCGGAGAUGUUACCCACGUUGCUGCUCAUGUUCUGAUAGGCAAGGGUAAGCACGGUUUCGAUGACAAGCACCGAGGACAGAUGAUGGUCGUUACCGGACCUGAGUUGUGUGCCGGAGAAGAGCUUGCCACUGCCGCAAGCAAGGCUCUUGGCACGGAGAUGAAGUUCGAGGAUAUCUCGGAGGCGGAGGCUAAGAAGAUUCUGAAGGCCCAGUCUGAGAGCGACAACUCUGAGCUUCAAUAUCUCCUGGAGUACUACAGUCUGAUUCGCGAGGGCAAGACAAAUUAUAUCUCCACUACAGCCUUCGUCAACGUCACUGGAAGCCAUCCGACCGAGCUUACUGAAUUCUUCAAACUUUACGACACCGAGCUGAAGCGACCUACGAAGAAGGCUAAGACAAGAAAGCACUAA